UGAUGAUUCAGUCUACAAUGUAAUAGAACAGAAACAUUAUGAUACAAAUUAGUGUUUUCUUGUUUCUUCCCUUAACCAGUGUUUUAGCAUAUCCAUCAUCACCAAUUAAUAAAAAUAAUGAUCGAUAUGAACUAUCCAAUGAAUUCUUGAUCCGUCAUUUUGGCUCGGAUUUCAAAGAUGCUGUCCGUUUUAAUAUUCAGCCAUCGGGAGUUCCCAACACUGGAAACAUGUUGCAAAAACAUUAUCCCGAAACUAUUGCUCCAAAUCGAUAUUCAAAAAGAUCAUACGAAUUAAAUACGCCACAGCUGGUUCAACAGCAAAAUCGUAUGCCGGAGAAUUUUAUGAAAGUGCAACUUCUAUCGCCGGCUGAAAUUGAAGCAUUGGAAAGAGGUAUGAAGGGCAAGGAGAUGUAUAAAAGUCCGAUAGUGGUAACCCUACCAGAUUUUACAGGGAUGACACCAAGAAGCAUUAAUCAUCCAACGCUGUCGCCGACUGUUCCAAAUACGGCUCCUAUUGUCUACCAAAACCGGAUGCAGCCAAAUUACUUCCAACACAAACAACCGAUUUGGCCCCAAACUCCACAAUAUGUGCCCUACAAUCCAUCAAUGGCAUACCAACAGCCCUCAAGACCACUCAUUGAGAAAUCAAUGCAGCCUUCUUUUGAAAAGUUCUUGAUGUUGAAACCGACACCGCCUAUUAGUUUCCACAAUCUCUAUGAACAAAAUCCAAUGCCGGCAAAAGAAAACAAAAUGGAGGCUUUGGUAAAGCCCUCGUUUGAUAAAGUUCUAGGGACUACACACCAGCAAUCUUCGAAUGAGUCGAAUGAGUCUUCUCAGGAGCAACAAUCGUGUGGGCAGUCAGCCUGUGAGCAGUCUUCAAGCGGGCACAAUUUAAAAGAGGAAACAAAUGAGCCUUCAUUUGACCAAUCAAUGCAUCAGACUCCAACUGAAGAAACACCGUCAUCAACCGAUGAGGUACAGUGUUCAAAUGAUGAGAUUAUGCCUCAUACCGAUGAAAUGCAGCCUUUAACCAUAAAGAUGCAGCCUUCAAUCGAUAACAUGCAGGCUUUAACCAUAAGGGUCCAGCCUCUAACUGAUAAUAUGGAGCCUUUAACUGAUAAACUGCAGCCUUUCACCAUAAAUAUGCAGCCCUUAUCCAAUAGUAUGCAGCCUUCAAACGAUGAAAUGCAGUCUGUUACCAAUAAAGUCCAGACUUUAACAGAAAAGAUGCAACCUCUUACCAUGAACAUGCAGCCUUCAACUGAUAAUAUGAAGCCUUCAAAUGAUAAGAUGCAGCCUUUCACUAUGAACAUGCAUCCCAUAACCGAUAGUAUGCAGUCUUCAAACCAUAAAAUGCAGCCUUUAACAAAUAUAGUACAGCCUUUAACCGAUACAAAACAGCCAUCCACAACCGAUAAGCAGCCUCAAUCAGAUAAAGUGCAUCAAUCUUCGAGCGAUCAAACACAGUCUACAAGUGAGUUAAUAAACCCUUCAAAUAUAGCGGUCCCACCUUUUUACAGAAAGGUUCAAGCUACAUUUGAGGGAACUCCGGAUUCAUAUUACACUCUGCGAUAUCCUAGUUAUGAAGAUAUCAGUUCUUCAUACCAUCCGCAACCAUCGAAUGGUGAAUUUAAGAAAUACCAUCGAUAUGAAGAAAACCAUGAGCCUUUCUUCAGCAGAAUGACGUUUUAUGAAAAGAGUUCAUCUUCUGACUCAAGCCGACAAUCUUCGAACGGUAAAAACCAUGACCGGAAUUCAGAUUCAGUCGAUGUUGUGCGCGAAGUGAGACAUGAAUAUCGUAAUGAUAAGAAAACUACUGCUUAAAAAAUGUUACUGUUUUGUUUAAUUUAAUUUAUUUUUAUAAGAACCAA